AUGCCUGCUAUCUUGAAUAGUAUUAAAACUCUACACGAAGAAGGUAGGAGUUUUAAAAAAAAAUACAAAUAUAUACUCGCACUGGCUUUAUACAAAGAAGCUAUAUCUGAAAUAGAAUCGAUACCCAAUGGCAGUGAUGAUCUUCUACAACUUGAAUACGAUAUCUAUCUGGACAUGGCUUACAGUUAUAAGGAGCAAAGUGAGUGGAGCAAAGCUGAUGAAUGCUGUCGUAAAGGAGAGGAGUUGGCUAAGAAACUGCAAAAUGAAGUCAAAAUUGCGAAAUGUUUAGAUAUGCAAGGAGAAACUAAACGAAUACAAUAUUAUAUCAGUGGCGCUAUGGAUGAUUUUAAGAAAUCGCUUGAAAUAAAACGGAGACUGUUAGGAAGCGACGAUAUUGAGGUCAGUAAGUCCUAUAGUAACAUUGGUACUGUAAACAAAAUGGCUGGCACGUAUGCUGAGGCUUUAGAUAUGUAUACGGAAUCGCUGAAGAUUCAAGUAAAUAUUCGAGGCGAGAAUCAUCCUGAUGUUGCUAGCUUAUAUUGCAACAUUGGAGAUAUCUACCGGAAUCAAGGUAAAUAUAAUGAUGCUCUGCCUAUGCUUAAAAAAUCGAUCGAGAUUGGUUCAGCAACAGUAGGUGAUAAUCAUCCUAACGUAGCUAAGUCAUAUCACACUAUUGGACUAAUUUAUUGGAAUCAAGGUCAAUAUAAGUGCGCUCUGUCAAAGUUAAAUAAAUCACUUAAGAUUCUACGAGAAAUAUUUGGGGAAAAUCAUGUUGAUGUUGCUACCUUAUAUAACGAUAUCGGACUUGUCUAUGAUGCUCAAGACAAGUAUAAUGAAGCUCUAUCAAAGUUGAACUAUUCUCUCAAUAUUCGAUUAGCAAGUUUUAAAGACAAUCACCCUGAUAUAGCAGAGUCCUAUCACAACAUUGCAAGUGUCUACUAUCAUCUAGAAAAGUACGAUGAUGCCGUGUCAAUGCAUAACAAAUCACUCAAGAUUACACGAGCACAACUUGGUGACAACCAUCCCUAUGUUGCUGUGUCAUAUAACAACAUUGCCCUUACCUAUUGCAAACAAGGCAAGAGUGAUGAUGCUCUAUCAAUGUAUAAUAAAGCACUUAAUAUUGAACUAUCAACACUUGGUGACAAGCAUCCAAGUAUUGCUAUAACAUAUAAAAACAUUGGUGAUGUCUAUCGUCAACAAGCCAAGUAUGAUGAAGCUCUAUCAAUGUAUAACAAAGCACUCGAGAUUGAACAAGUAGCACUUUAUGAAAAUCAUCCAACUAUUGCUGAAACAUGUAGUAAUAUAGGACUUGUCUAUAAGGAUCAAGGCAAAUAUGAUGAAGCUCUAUCAAUGCAUAAUAAAUCACUCGAUAUCGGAUUAGUAGCAUUUGGUAACAAUCAUCCUAAUAUUGCAAUGUCGUAUUACAACAUUGGAGAAGUCUGCCAUAAUCAAGAAAAGUAUGAUGAAGCUCUGUCAAUGUAUGAGAAAUCAAUUGAGAUUAUAAAAGCAAAAUUUGGCGACAAUCACUCUGAUGUUGCCGAGAUAUAUCACAAAAUUGCGGCUGUCUAUAAGAAGCAAGGCAAGUAUGAUGACAAUCUUUUAAUAUUGAAUAAAUUACUCAGGAUUAGGCGAAGAAUGCUUGGUGACAAUCAUCUUGAUGUUGCUACCUUAUAUAAUAACAUUGCUCUUGUACAUCAGAGUCAAGGCAAUUAUGAUAAAGCUCUAGCGAUGCAUAAAGAAUCACUUGACAUUCAACUAAAACAACUUGGUAAAAAUCAUCCAAAUAUCGCUGCAACAUAUAGCAAUCUUGGACAUAUCCAUAGUCGUCUAAGCGAGUAUAAUAGCGCUCUAUCAAUGUAUAAAAAAUUGCUCAAUAUCCAACAAUCACAACCUUAUGGCAAUGAUUCCGAUAUUGCUGAAACGAAUAACUACAUUGGACUAGCCUGUAGUAAGCUAAAGAUGUAUGAUGACGCUCUGUCAAUGUUUAAUAAGGCAUUGGAGAUCUACUCAGCCAGAUUUGGUGAGAAUAAUCCAACUGCUGCGGUAUAUUAUGGUAACCGAGGAGAUGUCUACAAUGAGCAGGGUAAUUAUCGCCAAGCAUGCAUCUCCUACAAGAAAUCGAACAGCAUUUUGUGCAAUCUCUAUGUAGUUUAUGAUUAA